CAGGUGGCUACUGCAAACCUGCAGCUUGAGCCGAGGCUUGGAAUGAUUUCGUGGGAAAAGUCAUAGAGAGCAGACUCCGAUUUUUUUUUUCGAAGUAGAGGAUUUUUAACAACCCUUUUACAUUUGUUCUUUGACCUUUGUCUCCAGACUAUUUAAAUAAAAUAGAUUCUGGGAACGGAAUGUGCAGGGGCACUUUCUCUUCAUUCUCUCCUAAGAAAGGAGUGAAAAUGUGGAGACAUCUUGUUUGUUACCUGCUUGCUUUCACAGCAAGACUGCAGCCCCCAGCCCACAAACAAAGCCUGCCUUUAUGUGCAGCAAGCUAUAGGGUAGACAGCGUCGGGCCUAGGCGGGCUGACAAGCGUUGGAAGAGCGGCGUGGAGAGGGUGAGGUUCUCUACUGCCGCAUCUUGGUGGCUUCAUCGUUUUCCCAGAGCCAACAAAAAUGCUUUAAAGAAGGCCUUGGUGCUCAGGGAGCGGCUACAUGGUCUCAUGAUGAUCAGAGAAAAAGCCUUCUGCCCAAAGCUUGCCCAUAGGUUUAUUAUUUUUUGAACAUUUCUGCUGUACUUCACAAACUCCUGCACGGUGUUUGUUUAGAAAACACACAGCUCGAGCCUCAGUCGGGACACAGGGAAGCUUGUGAACAUCAAAAUGCCCUGUGGUUGAAGGGAAGGUGCACAGCGCUGAGAGCCAGGAGGUGAGGAGUGUCGUGGUCUGUACUCCAAAGCUUUGUUGAUAGAAAUCUGCUUUUGUCAACAUAGCCGGGGGUGUGCCUGCAGACAGUACCUCCUCACUGACAAACCUCCAAGUUUCUGUUUGUAGAAUAGCCUCGCUUGCCCGCGUGAUGUCAGCUUACCGCAGCCCCUGGGCACGGGAAAAGGUCCGUGCCUCAGCCGGCUGCGGCAGUCCUCCAGCACCGACACUAGCCCUCCCGACAGCUGGUUUCAGCUCAAACUGACUGGAAGCCUGCUUUUCUCUUUAAAUUGUCAUUUCUUCAAGCAUGCCGUCGUUUUUGGUGCCUGCAAGGGAUCAAAUGAACGUGGCACUGAACCCCAAGCAUGUUCCCAACCACCUGCAUCCACCUGGAGUGGAGCUGGGGUCCUCAGCCUCCCCAAACCCCAACCAGGGGAAAACUGCGUGGGGGCAUCUUCAGAGAAACCUCUGUAAUUGCAACACACAUGAAAAGAGCCCAAAGUGUGCGGUUCCGGGGGCGUGAGGCAACGGGCAAGAUAUAAAACUGUGCAGGGCCAAAGCUAAUGAUCCCCCCAAGGCUUGUAACUGCGCAGCCUUAAAUAUUCAGCGCUGCAGGGCUUUUGUUGUCUCCUGCCCUUUCUUCUCCUGGGAGCUGUGCAAGAGUCUAGCCCUUAGCUUGUCGUCACUGCAGAUGUUUCAAGACCGCUUACGUCAUGGGAAGCAGCGAUGAUCUGACUGACAAGGAGUAACAAAAGAAUGAUCCCGGUCUCCAGCACCUCCCCAGAUGGCAAACGGCUUGGUACACACGCACCAAGGCGGGUGCCAGUUGCAGAGUGGCAUGGGCAGAGGAGGCAGCCUGAUAAAUAACAGCUUUCAGUGUUUCUUGCCCUGGGCAUGUGCUGACUUUCUCCUGGGCGCACACGCUCCCCCGGCGUGGCUUGGCUUUGGUGCGUGCCUUCUUUGCUCUCGACGUGCUUGUAGCUCGCGGGCUAGAGAGGGGGUGACUGCUGUGUUUUCUAGCUCUUGGCUCCCCUUGCUGUGGCAGGGUGCUAUCGCUCUGAGGUGUGUUCUUCAAAGCUCUCAUUUACCCAGAAAGGACAUCCCUGUAUCUCAGCCAGGAGCUCCAGGAAAUACUCGCAGACUGUCCUUGAGGUUCCCUAUCCCUGAGCUGUUCCUUCACACAUGGCACGACGCUCUCUGCCUCUCUCCGAGCACUUAAAGCUCAGCAAAACGCCAAAGCCUGGCCUCCAAAAGCACUCUGCUCAGCCACAGCUGUAAAGCAGAAGGCAACAAAGAGGUAAAACUAUUUUCUGCCGGCACUCGCUGCACGGGCCUGCCCGGGCCUCCCAGCAAGAGGAGAGUGAGUGCCUUGCUGGCUCACCGUGGCAGCACUGCUAGGCACACCAGCAACAGGAUUUCUUUCCAGGCAGCUUUCCCGUUGCACUGCUUGUGGGAAAAGCCAAUGCAGAAGUGUUGGGAGUUGGCAAUAAUUACACUGAAAGCAAAGAGAAAUAGAUAAAUAAGCAUCCUGGCUCUUUCUCGCUGGCAUCCCUUGGCACGUUGUAAGGGCACAACAUCUAUAAUUGCUGUAGAGUUCCUGGCAGGGAACAGGCAUUCGAGCAGAGAUGCGUUUCUGGAGCUGGUGGAUAGAACUGGUGCUGCAAAGGUGAAAAGACCAAAUGCAGCAUGGGCUUCUGGAUGCAGCAAGAGGCAGGAAGCAACUCUAUGUACAGGAAACGUGGAUUCUGACAACAAACAAAUGCUGCAGGAGCUGCUUGACCACCAAACCUGGCUUAGGUGAUGGAUACACGGGAGUGCAAGUACCUUCAGAAAUCCGCCAUCGAUCUCGCGUACAGCACAGCCCGGGAGUUUGUUUUGGAUGGAAAGCAUAAAGAAGCGGUGCCCGCAGCUUUGCGUGCGCUGCGUCUCAGCGCUGAAGCGUACGGCUCAAAUUCUGUGCAAUUGGUGCCCGUUUAUCUCCUCUUGGCUGAGGCCUCCACUGGUGUUGGCCAUCUUCCAGAGGCGUCCAAGUACCUCUCCCAAGCCGAGUGGAUUGUCCUCAGUACUCCAGGCUGCAGUGUUGCCGUUCAGUAUAAGUUACAGCGUAGUCUGGGACUUUUCUGUGCUGCCAAAGGAAACUUUGAACAGGCUUUAUAUCACCUGGCGAACGAUGUUUACCUUGCUAGUUCUGCGUUUGGACUAAAAUCUAUUGAGACCUCUGGAGGGUAUUUCCACAUGGCUAACGUUUUCUUUCGCCAGAACAAAAUGGACGUAGCAAACUCACUCUAUGCUGAGGUAACCGACAUCUGGCACGCCUUUCUGGUGAAGUCAGUUCAAGCGCAGGAGCAAAUUCUCAAGUCACGGCCGGAAAUGUCUCCGUUGACCGAGGACAAGGAAGGCAGCGAAGACCGUCUGACUGAAGCCUGGCAAGCAGAAGCCGUCCGAGUCCUGAAUGCAGUAUUAGAUAUCAGAGAGCGGGCACCAAAGCAACAACCUGGGGAAACUGCCAGAGUUCUGCAUGCUCUCGCCAUGCUUUAUUACCUGAUCGUGGAUCUAUCAAAGGCGCGUGAGGCGGGGACGAAAGCCUUUGGCCUGAUGAAACAACUGCCCCAACGAGAGUCUCUAGAAGCCGUUGGUCAUUUGUUAGAGUUGAUCAACUCCAAGCCUUCCUACGCAAAAUAAAGAACUCUCUCUGCCAGAGCGGGGUCUGGCUGGGUUAGCUGUUGAAGGAGGCUGCUGAAAACAAAAAGCAUUGCGAGCCGCGGGUGCUUCCUGCUGCCAUCACCUCUGCGGGUGUCUCGCUCUGCCUCGAGGUGUUUGAAAGUUAAACUUCUUGGUAUGAGUUAGCUUUCAUGUGCUGCUCAACCUCAGCAGAGCGUUACAGAGGAACAGCGUGAGGGUGGGAAACAAAAGUACGACCAACACAUGACGAAUAAAUCAUGUUCUAAUGAUUUAUUUAUUUUAGAUUAUCCAAUGAUUUACGAAUGAGCAAACAGCUGCUUACGCCCUCACAUUGCCUGUCCAGAAGAUAAAACCAGCUGAGGUGUAUUUGUCACUCUUUUCCUCAAUUUGCUUUUCAGUUGGAUGCAGGGAGGGGACACAGGGAAGGUCUUUGCUGCACAUCUAACGCAGGUGCUUGGCACCGGCUCCUCAGGACCUGCUGGGCCCUGGCCAGGCCUCGCACAGCGCGCCGCCGUCUCCAAAGCUGCCUUCGCCCUUCCUGCUGCGCUCGUAGCUCUGGGCACGAGGGACUCGCUUGUUCCACCCAUGGAAGAACUUGCAUCCGGGGGGAGCACGAGAGCAGCGUGACAGACUGCAGCAGUCUCGAGGGAAAGGGCUAAAACGCUGCUAGCGCCAGUCAGAGCUUCCAAUCCAAAGGCGACGUGGUUUCCUCGCAGCCAAGAGCUCACCAGCACAGCGGCAGCCCGUUAGCUCCGACACCAGCCUCAAGAGGAGGCAGCCCCCGGUGUCACCAUGAGCAUCGGCGUGCAGACCCGCCCCACGCGCGCUCCCGACCUGCAGCUCCCGCGGGCUUCUGCCCCUCGGCGCGACGGCAAAGGCACCCCGGGAGAGCGGUACCGGGCACAGGCUGCGCGGUUCGGACACCGAAGCAUGUGAUGGCCUCGCACAGCUGGGAAAGAGGUUACGGGAAACUCGCCCUGCUGCUGAGGGCUGAAUUCAGCUGAGCUUUAAGCCUACGAUUAAGUCUCAUUUACUUCAGGAGGAUUUAUGAGUGCAUUUAAUUGCCUUGCUGAAUUGGGAUGGAGUCAAGUACGCUUUUCAAACACACUGUCAAGCUGGGACCUGAGCAAUUAGAAGGGGUUGAUGCUGCCAGUAAAGGGAAAGGCUCCGCUUCAGCCCACGGGCACCACACGGAGGGGAACAGCGCUCGCUGGGGUGCACAAGGGGCCCAAGGGCAGACAGCCUUGGGGGGUAACGGGUGGGAGACCCCCAAAUACUCCUAUGGGAUACACCGGUGGAUGCAUCCGCCCUCCCCGGGUCUCACCACGGCCGGAGCGACCACCCCGCAGGACGGGGGACGCCGGAGGGGGGACAGCGCCUGCUGGCACCGAGGAUUUGGGUCACCGCGGCCGGGGGAUUUGGAGCCGUGGGCUGGACGGCGGCAGUAAUCCCUCAGGACGCUCUGCAGCCAGGCUGAGCCCGCCGACGUGCCAGGCCAGCGGGUCCGUGUUGCCACUCCCGGCUGUUUAACGCCAUGAAAGAUGGCAUGAAAAUUAACUUUGCGCGGAGCCGAGCACCUCUGGGAGCGGCAACGGGCGAGGGCUGGGAAUGGAAACGGUGAUGAGAAUAGCCCUGGGCAGCUAAAGAGCAUCUUUGGGAGCUCUGAAAGGUUUUAAGAGUUAUUUCCUACAACAUGUUGCAACAGCCAUUUCCAGUGUGUGCACUUCAGGGCAAGGAGGCGUUUCAAUAAAUAGAAAAAAAGCCUGAAGUGACCAAAAUCAGCAGGAUUUGUGCCCAAAAGUGUUCAGACUUGCAGCUCUUGGCACUUUGUCUGUUCAAGGGGAAAUAAAAAUAACCCGCCAAGUGGCGGCGGCCUCCCUCCCUGCCCUGCGCAGGUGGUCGCAGCCAGAGGCAAGACCUCUGUCCCACAGCAAAUGCUCUUCACAACCCCGCGGGCAGAGCCGGGGGGGGCAAGUUUUAGGGUCCAGCGAGGGGACGGAGCGGGUCGAGGCUCCCGCCUGGUACCCCCGGGACACCAGCUCCGGGGCUGCGCAGAGCAAUUAAGGCCCAGUUCUCUGCCCAGGAAGGGCGUUUUGCAACUGGGAGGGUUGUUCCCAUGGAGCAAAAGCUUUGCAGGGCCACGCACCCGCCCCCGAGGCGGGGGGAGCCCCUGAUCCCUGCGAGCCUCGAGGCGGGGAGACCCACCGCCGAGCGAGGACCCCUCCGGGCCCCCAACCCUUGCUGCGAGGGAAGGGCAACGCCCAGCGAAGCCGAAAUGAAGGCGCGGGACGCGGCGGGCCGGCGGCUGCAUACAUUUGCGUUUAUUGCUAGCACACCACACACCGUCCUCUUGGCACUUAUGUAUUUUUGUGUUUUGUUUUGUUUUUUUUUAAAUAUAAAACCACCACACACGUGCAGGCUGCGGGGAUGCGGCGCCGAGAGGCGCCGGGUCGAGCACAGGGCGGUUUUGUAUAGGGAUGCAUUUCGUCCUCCCACCGCCACCUUUAUUGUCUUUUCACGCGUGGUCGAGCGUGAUCGCUCACAAAAUGGACAAAUAAAUUAAAAACCAAAAAAAAAAAAAA